GACAUCCCACAAUCGCUCCCCCCGCCCGCUGGAACCAGUGCUCGGGAAUUGUUGGGACCCGGUUUGUGUUGCUGCUGGAGAGGUGGAGGAUCACGGUGACAGGGGAUCGCGGCGAACCCCCGCCUUGUGCAACACAUCUUCUAUUCUGCGGUAAAGAUGGCGGCGUCAGAGGGGGCGCGUAGCGGCCAGACCACGGCAAAACGAUCCUGAAAAGCUCAAGAUUUGAACGAAUCUCAAUUGCUGGAUACCGUUCAUACCUGCUCGGAUACCAUCUGGAUCACCGGAAAAGAGAUAAUCGCUGUCACACGCCGGGGUUGCGAAUUUAUUCUUAAAGACAGGGUGGGUGGGUUUCCACUGAUAGCUGCUAACGGUAGCUAACAGGCUAGCCAAGCGCGCUAAUACGGGCUAGUCAACGUUAGCUCGGAGAAGAAGAGCGGGGAGGGGAUUGAGGAAGACUAUUCGGGCCAGGCCGCUCCAGCUUGGGGGAAUGUGAACCAGAGGUGCGCAGGGGGUUUGCUCGCUUCGUCCCAAACGUCCUUACGCCAAACUACAAGGAUGGGACAGCAGGUAGGCCGCGUCGGUGAGGGCACAUCGACCGGACUCCAGCCACCACAGCCCCACGCGUCCCAACCGCAACAAGGGAAGGUGAACCGGGGGAGCGGCGCCGGGAGGAGACCCCGAGAACCCGGCAGUAGCACCGGGACACCGCCAGGCAGGGCUGCUGCAGUCAACGUGCCCGACCCAGGGAUCAAUAUAUUCACACAGCAUUCAGAAGCUCUCCACCGGCCGUUCGGCCUGGACACGGCAGCGCUGACGGAGGCGGUGCGCUGGAGCUCCAAGGAGAACCUGCUGGGGGCGGCCGAGAGCGACCCUAACCUCUUUGUUGCACUUUAUGACUUUGUCGCCAGCGGAGACAACACGCUCAGCAUCACUAAAGGUGAGAAGCUGCGAGUACUUGGCUACAACCAGAAUGGAGAGUGGAGUGAAGUGCGCUCCAAGAACGGCCAAGGCUGGGUUCCCUCCAACUACAUCACGCCGGUAAACAGUCUGGAGAAGCAUAGCUGGUACCAUGGGCCCGUGUCACGCAGCGCCGCAGAGUACCUGCUCUCAUCCCUCAUCAAUGGGAGUUUUCUGGUCCGGGAAAGCGAGAGCAGCCCCGGACAACUGUCAAUAUCUCUCCGCUAUGAGGGGAGAGUCUACCAUUACCGGAUCAACACAGCCUCUGAUGCAAAGGUGUAUGUGACGUCUGAGAGCCGUUUUGCCACCCUGGCCGAGCUGGUCCACCACCACUCAACCGUAGCCGAUGGCCUGGUCACCACCCUGCACUACCCAGCGCCCAAAUGUAACAAGCCCACAGUGUACGGCGUGUCACCCAUCCAUGACAAGUGGGAGAUGGAGCGCACAGACAUCACCAUGAAGCACAAGCUGGGAGGAGGCCAGUAUGGGGAGGUGUACGUGGGAGUUUGGAAAAAGUACAACCUCACUGUGGCUGUCAAAACACUCAAGGAGGACACCAUGGAAGUUGAAGAAUUUCUGAAAGAGGCAGCAGUUAUGAAGGAAGUUAAACACCCAAACCUCGUUCAGCUUCUAGGUGUGUGUACACUGGAGCCUCCGUUCUACAUCGUGACAGAGUACAUGCCACACGGAAACUUGCUGGACUACCUGAGAGAUUGUGACAAGGAGGAGGUGAAUGCUGUGGUGCUGCUGUACAUGGCCACACAGAUCUCCUCUGCCAUGGAAUACCUGGAAAAGAAGAACUUCAUACACAGAGACCUUGCAGCGAGGAACUGCCUCGUUGGGGAGAAUCAUGUCGUGAAGGUUGCAGACUUCGGCCUGAGCAGGUUGAUGACUGGUGACACCUACACUGCCCAUGCUGGGGCCAAGUUCCCCAUUAAAUGGACUGCACCAGAGAGCCUUGCAUACAACACUUUCUCUAUCAAGUCUGAUGUCUGGGCAUUCGGGGUGCUGUUGUGGGAAAUUGCAACCUAUGGUAUGUCUCCAUACCCGGGCAUCGAUCUGUCUCAGGUGUAUGACCUCCUGGAGAAAGGUUACCGCAUGGAACAGCCUGAGGGAUGCCCACCCAAAGUCUAUGAACUCAUGAGAGCAUGCUGGCAGUGGAGCCCAAUGGACAGGCCUUCGUUUGCAGAGAUCCACCAAGCCUUCGAAACUAUGUUCCACGACUCCAGCAUCUCUGAAGAGGUAGCAGAGGAGCUCUGUAAGACGGCCUCCUCUGGUCACUGUGGACCGCUGCACUCUUUCAGUCACGACAUGCCUCUGUUGCCUUCCAAAUCUCGCACACUUCACAAGCACACAGAAAACAAGGAAAACAUUGAGGGUGGACUCGACGGACGGUCCGACCACAGCACGCACAGUCACUCAGGCUGGGCUGCUUCUUUGUUUGGAGGGGAUAGCCGAUCAGGCAGCUCCCCGGCUCUGCCCAGAAAACAGCAACCACGUGAUAAAUCUCCUGGCAGCCUUUUAGAGGAUGUACAGGAUAUGGGCACAUUUACACGAGACCGCAAGACUGGCUUCUUUAGCUCCUUCAUAAAGAAGAAAUCUUCCUCCUCUUCCUCCUCGCCAUCCUCUCAACUCCAACAGAACCUCCCGACGCCACCGAAGAGGAGCAGUUCUUUCCGGGAGAUGGAAACACAGCCUCACAAGAAAUACGAGCCUACUGCAGAUUUCAGCGCUCCCCCUCCCCUACCCCAGUCGGACAGUCUCGGUGGCUUCUCUGCCUCUCCCUCUCACUCCCACUCCCAAGGUGAACCUGUCCAGAGUCAGUCACGCUGCUGUGGGGCAGCUUUUGGACAGAAACACUCUGUUGGGGGCCUUAGUUCACAGGUGACGAGUGGCAGCAGUUGGGGUGGAUUGGCUGGUUUUUUCACCCCUAGACUCAUCAAAAAGACCCUGGGGCUGCGGACUGGAAAGACAGCCUCUUCAGAGGAGGGUGGAAAUAUAGCUGGAGGGCCUAAACCCUUCCCUAGGUCCAAUUCUACCUCCUCAAUGUCUGCUGGGCUUCCAGACCUGGAGCGCAUGGCUCUGACAUUACCCAGGAACCGCAGUGCAAAACCCCCUCUAGAGAGGACUGCCUCCACAACUUCCCAGCCAGAGAACGGGGCCGCACGGCCCUCAGAAACUCUGCUGAGGAGGAUGGACGAGGGGACCGCACAGAUCAGGGAAAGGCCCAAAGCCAAGCUACUUCCCCGGGGCACUGCAGUAGGGGUGAGGGCGCCCGGGGUUGGGGGGGAGGUGGGGGAAUCGGACAGUCUGUCUCGGGUCAGGGAGAGUAGAGAGGAGAGUGGGGGAGGACUGGAUAGGCAGCAGAGUUGGUCAUCUCCCUCUAAGACUUCUAGUUCAAGUGCUUCCUCAGCUGCAGCAGGUGUACCAACUCACAACCACAAAGUUCCAGUCCUGAUCUCCCCCACGCUGAAGCAUAGCCCAGCUGACGUGCACCUGGUAGGGCUAGACUCUCAGGGGAACCGCUUCAAACUACUAUCUGAGCACCAAGCAGACCGUGACAGGCCGCGACUUGUGAAACCCAAGUGUGCUCCUCCUCCCCCUCCCACUCUGCGCAGCCUGCAACACUCCUACAGCAGCGACGGGGAGGAGCAGGUAGGAGGGGCACCUGUGGAAGUAAACGGAGACACUUUAAAAGGGCACAGGUCAGGGAGAAUGUCAGGAGGAGGAGCGACGACGGGCAGACCGUCAGUGCCACCACCGCAAGUGCCUCCUGCAUCAUCCUCCUUCUUUUCCUCGUCUUGCUCUGCCACCACCAACACGACUCCCACCAAAAUGGCCAACGGAGCCGCCACCACCGCUGCCCCCUCCUCACACACAGCAACAUCUUCCGGUUCCAAAGUGGCACUUCGGCGAACCAGGCAGCAAGCGGAGAGGGUCCCCCUGGAGCGGGUUAGUCGUGAGGCCCUGCUGGAGUGUGUCGAGUGCCUGAGCAGCGCCCUGCACGCCAGCUCGGACAGCCCCACCAGCAGCCAGGUGCUGGACGCUGGCCACCAGCUGCUAGACUACUGCUCAGGUUAUGUGGACUGCAUCCCUCAGAUGAGGAACAAAUUUGCCUUCCGAGAGGCAGUGGGGAAGCUGGAACUCAGCCUGCAGGAACUGAGGGCCUCAUCCUCAGGAGGUGGAGGGCUGAGCAGUGCGGGGCCCAAUACUGUACUGGACAACCUGCACAGCUGUAUUAAAGAGAUUAGUGACGUUGUACAGAGGUAGCCACUGUGACUCCAAUUGUCACCUCUUAACUACCCGGACAGAUCGCUUUUAUUCCCUUUUUGAUGUUUCUGGUUCUAUUGACAGCUUUUUGGGGGACGAAAUGAGAAGAAUCUCUUAAGUACCUCAGAGAAAUCACUACAAAAUGCUUUUCAUUGUUUACAAACAACUGUUUCAUAAAAUGCCAGUGUGGACACUAAUUUUGCUCUGACCUGUACAUAUUGAGAAAUGUUUAUACCAAACUAAAUGUGGUUUGAGUCCCACCAUGAAUCGUUAAGCCCCACGUCGCCAUAUGGCUGCGAUAAAGGCCUCUUUGCUAAAUGAAUGUCGAGUGUAUCAGCUGUGUGUAGCCAGCCCAGAGAGUAGGUAAGUAAGUAAGUAAGUCUAAGCUCACUCUGCGUAUCUGUCAGUCUGUCUACUCAGUGAGAAUGGUGGUGGUUGUGUCCAGCCUUACUGAGAAUACUAGACAACUGUUUUCACUGACUAAGCUCGAACAAAUGCGUGAAUCAUCAGUUGGAUGUACUGUGUUUCACAGUAGAGUAUUUUGCUCAGUGUCUGGGGAACUGAGUGACCAUAAGCCAUUUUUUUAAAGCCAUUGUAUUCUAAAGGAUUGAAAACAACAUCAGGAUUCAGUAUGAUUAAAGGUUUUGGGGUCUCAAUUUGACACUUUCAUUUUGUGUGGAGAGUUUUGUUCUUAUUUUUAUUUCAUAUCAUAGCUUGCAACUGACAGUGUUUUUAAGUAGAGAUGGGCUAAAAUUAUAAAUCUCCCCAAAACUGUUUUUGCUGGUAUCAGAUUAAAGCCUUGUUUUUGUGAAUAAUCUUAUAGAGAAUAAUCAACUGUUUUGACGCUGACAUUCCCACAUGUCCACACAAGACGAGACCGUUGAGAAAGACUAAAGGGAUCACUUAUCAUUGAAAGUUGUGUGCAUUUGACAAGUGUGUAAAUAAGCUCAAAUGAAACGUUAAGUUUGCAUUUCAGUAAUACCAAAUACAGGCUUAUCAAAUCUAAAAAAAGACAAGAUUUAUAUGAAUUUAUUUUGUUUAUUCCCCACCAUAGUAAAACUUAAUGAAUGAAUGUGGGGUGUCUUAUCAUAUGCACAGCAUUGUCUCUGCUUCAGUGAUGUGACUGAUAUUCACACCUCUACACAGUGCCACAUAAAUGGGGAAUAUCCCCAGUCCCCUAAAGCAUUUCAUUAUUUAUGUCCAGUUAUCCCUGCACACUACAUUUCUUCCUUGUCUGAUGGAGCAUAAGAGAGUGGAGGUGAGGAGAGGGGAAGAGCACAGGGUAGCGCACGAGCAGGUGAAUUGGGACAGUGUUUCUAUAAGUGUCCUUCCUGUUGGACAGUGCUGGAUUCCCUGUAGCCUUGUCGUGGCCUCAGUGCCUAAAAUUCUUCAAUGUAUGAACACUGCGAAAUGCAGAGACCUACUUCACAGUAAUCACACCGUACUGAUCUCUCAACACAACAAACUGCAGUAUGUCUUCAGCACAUGAGCGAUUUGUACAUUAUUUGGUUCAAAGAAAAAUGCUUUUUAGAAUGUCUAUGUAUGAACUUGAAUUUUAAAUUAUUCCUGUUUUUUUUUUUUUUUAUUAAAAGCACAGACCUAUUUUGAGAGAAAAGUUAUGUAAAUAUUUGAUUUAUUUCAUAUCCAGGAAACAAAAGAUUUAUGUGUGGUUACAGCAUAAAGAGCAAUGACUGCGACUCAUCCACCCAGAUCUGAAUAUCUGCUUUAUGAAUGUAUUAUUCUUCUGUUCUGAAACCGGUCGAAUGUUCAUCUGCAUGACUCUUUAAUUUCUUAAGGUGCCAUUUUCUUUUAAUUUAUUACUUUUUAUUGUCCCAUAUUUUUAAUUUUGGUCACAAUAAAAAUUUAAGUCCAGAAACAGCUGCUGUUUUUGUAGCACAAACACAACUGUGUACAGCGUGCACACACAACCCACAGAUUUUUAUUUUUUAUUUUCUUUGGGUCACAUCUUAACGUACACUGGAUAAGGCCUCAGACACAAUGGUUCAUUGACACAUGUUGCAUACGUAUACUACGUCUAAUCUCUAAACACUGCAGGUCCGUAACACUUUCAAAAUGCCUGUUAAUGACACUUGUUUUGUGGUGCAUUUCAUAUCAUCAUUUCAUGUUAAUGUGUGUCAGUAUAAUUGUCCCAUAUCUUGCCAAAACCGAAUCCUUGGGGGAAACUGAUGAUUUAUUUCUAUUAACUGUGAGUUUCAUAUAACAUGGAAAAUGCCAUCUUUUUGUUUUAGUUUUUCAUGAUUCUUGGUGCCUUUUUGUGAACAAAUAAUUUAUGUACAGUACACUAUCACUUCAAGAACUCACAGGUAUGGUUAUGUUAAAAGUUCAUCGUUGAUGUGUUUUAUUUCCAUGAGAUUGUGAUAAGGAAAUCGCUACAUCAUGCAUUUCUGUCAUUUGGAGGCUAAUGGUCAGAUGCAAACUUGAAACCGAAAGGUGCACUUUGUCUAUUAAGAUUAUGCACAUAGAUACUCAGUUACUACGACCGUUAAUUAGUGGCUAUUAACACUGUUAGUGCAGCCACAUCUGGUUACGUUUCCUCUCUAACAAAGGACACAUGAGUUGGGGCUGAAUGAUUUUGAUCUAAUUGCAAUCAUUUUAACUGAUAUUGUAAUUGCGAUAUGAUUUGCGAUACUAAGUGUAAUGAUGAUUUUUACAUCAUUAUUGUCAUUUUCAUUGAAAAACAUUCAAUGUGUGAUUUUUGCGGGGAUCUGUACCAAACAAAGAUGUUUUCUUAAGCCUGUAGAAUAUGAUGUCUAGGCUAGGACAUAUCUGCAGCAUGACAGUAUUUCAUUAAAAAUGUUUUUUGAUACACAUAUCACCUUUAACAAAUAUUGCGCAUCCUGCGAUUUGAAAAUAGCAGUAGGCCAUAAUGCAAUUUAGAUGAAAUGAAUUGUUCAGCCCUAAAAUGAGUCUGCUGCACUAAACCCAAGCUGCUCCGUUGUGUCAUAAUCACACCAGAUCAAAAGUUUUGUCUACAAAAUGUCUCUUUGUUAUUUCCAAGUACCAGCUCCUCAGUCUGUAAGUUUCUGUUGAUUUUUAGUGCGUCUCUGUCGAGCAGGCUUCCCUGAUACCAGGUAUCAGAGAGUUUAAGAAAAAAUGUAACCUCCCAGAAUCAAAUGCAUUUCUAGUCUGGACUGGGGUUUUUUUAAAGAAAUAAAACAUAAAGUAAAUCAUAGCAGUGUCAAUGAAUUGAUUUGGUACCAAUGUUUUUUCGUCAAAUAUGAUAUCUGGACUGAUGCUGUUUAAUAUUUGACCAUAAAUUUCUGCUCAUUCUCAUUAUCUGUCAUCUGCAUUGUCUUUCUUUAUGUUGCCUACAUUUAUAUACUGUUAUUUUAUUACUCCCGUCUGCCUGUUUCGGAGAGCAGCUCUGGAGAACAUCAUGUGUACACAUCAUUAUACCAAAGGCCACUUCUUCAAUUGUAUGAGUGCAAUGUAAACCAACACACACAAUAAUGAAAUAUGUGAAUCUACACAGGGAUGAAAAAUGGCAGAGAUGUUAACAUUAACUUUUUUAUUGUACAAAAUAUAUAUUUUGUGUUUUUGUUUUGUUUUUUUUAUUUAAAGCUCACGUUAUAUUACUGUGAAGUUUUGCUUAUCAGUGUUAAGCCUAUUGUAAAUAAUAAAGAUAUCGAUGAAUA